AUGAAUGAAGUAGGAGACUACUUGGUACCAGAGUCAGAUGCAGUAUUUCCUACCGAUUGUUCACAAUCAAACGAAACAUUUGAACAGCUUCAAUUACUUUAUUCUCAACACAUCAUUGCAUGGCCAAAUUUUUCAGAAUGUUUACCACACUGUGAAAUGUGCCAAAUAUUUGCUUCUGAUUCAACUUACAUUGUCUAUAAUCUGGUGCUCAUUGGUUUCAUUCUUCCUCUGAUCGGUUUCUGCGGUCUGCUUGGUAAUGGAAUAAGUGCUUUCAUUUAUUGUAGACCAGAAAUGCGUUCAUCAACUAAUUUGUACCUAUGUGCACUUGGAUGUAGCGACUGCGCGGUAAUAUGUACAGCAAUAUUUUUAUUUUGUUUUGACAUUAUCAGGCGCUACUCGUUGCAUAUAUCUUUAAUGUUUGGAGCAUUUUCACCGAUUGUUUAUCCAGCCGGUAUGACUGCUCAAACAUGUUCUGUUUAUUUCACACUAGUGGCCGCUGCUGAUUGCUUCAUUCAAGUGUGUUUGACGGAUAGUUGUCGAAAACUUGUCUCUAGGGAGUUUUUCGUCAAAUGUGUGGUGCUAUUUAUUGUAGUGUUCAGUAUUUUAUACAAUGUGCCGCAUUGUCUCGAAACAGUUGUUUUGGAGUGUUGGCACACGCAUUUCGAAAGUCGUUCACUUGAAGUUUGCCCCGAUCCAUUCAGGUUUCUACCGAGUUAUAAGCUCAUUUAUUACAAAUAUAUGUAUUCGAUAUUUCUUGCCGUAGGUCCUCUCGUUGUAUUAGUAGUUCUAACUGUAUGCAUUAUUGGCGUAACUGUUACUGUCAAGAAGGCUGACGGCAGUUCUGGCGAUACCAUUGCUUUGAUAUUAGUGGUACUAUUAUUCAUUGCUUGCAAUGUAGCAGCACUCCUAUUAAAUGUUUUUGAAGUUUAUCUUGGUGAAUUACUGGGACCUUAUAUCAACUACGUUGUGGAUGCAUCCAAUGUCUUAGUCGUCUUUAAUUCGUCAUGCAACUUUGUCAUUUAUGUGAAAUUUUCAUUAGCAUUCCGUCGUACUCUUCGACGACAUAUUUUCAAAACAAAUACAAAAAGAACAAUUCAAACGAACUCUAAAACAACCGCAAAAACAAUAAUGACAAUAGGCAGUAAAUACGGCAACAGUAGCAAAAGCAAUAACGGUAGUGGUAGUAGUAAUAAUGGUAGUAAUAGUAAUAUUAGUAAUAGUAGUGGUAGUAAUAAUACUAGCAGCAAAAUGAAUUUAACAACAGUCGUUAUCGCAAAUGAAAAUUCGACUGAUUAUCAUCAUCACGGACAUUAUCAGCAUCCUAGUUAUGAUUGUCGAAGAAACCAGUAUCCUGAACAUGUUGAGCAACUAUCCAGAAAAGAAACCAUCAGUCGUGUUCCAAAAACAGCCCAACUAGAAACACUCAUAUAG